AUGUACCAAGCAACAGAUCGCGACAACGAAACCACCAUGUCAAUAGAAGACCAACGCUUCAUUCAAAUAAUGGAAUCCAAUAUCCACAAAAAUCAAACAGGACAUUGGGAGAUGCCACUACCCCUCCGAUCUAACGACAUACACGUUCCUGACAACAGAGAUCAAGCUUCAACUCGUCUCAAAAACCUUCUGCAUUCAUUCAAGAGGAAUCCAAUGGAGCAAGACUACUUCAACUUUAUGGCAAAACUGUUUGAAUGCGGUCAUGCCGUACCAAUACCAAUUGAAGCCACUCCCCCAAAAGAAACUGGGAAAAUUUGGUACCUACCACAUUUUGGCGUAUACCAUCCUCGUAAACCAAAUAAGAUCCAAGUUGUAUUCGACUCCUCAGCAGAGUUCAAAGGAACAUCUCUUAAUAAGGAACUGUUGUCAGGUCCAGAUAUGCACAAUGGUCUUCAGGGGAAUACUGGUCAGAUUCAGAAGAAAUGCCGUUGGUGUGAUGUGUGAUAUAGAGCAAAUGUUCCACAACUUCCAUGUCCACCCACCACAUAGAGAUCCAUUGCGGUUCCUGUGGUUCGCUGAUAACGUCAAAGAAAAAGAUAUCAUCGUCUACCAAAUGGUGGUGCACUUGUUUGGCAACAUGUCAAGUCCCGCUGUAGCAACGUUUGGCCUUAGGAAAACCGCAGAAGAAGGAGAGAAAGAGUUUGGUCAAGACGCCAAAGACUUUGUCGUUGAAGACUUCUACGUAGAUGACGGUCUGACAUCACAUGAUACCGCGGAAGGAACUGUGUCUCAUUAA